AUGGGGCCAAGCGUGUUCGGCGAUGGCUGGUCUGCAAGGGACGAUCGAGAGGUAGUAGAAACGCCUCCACCAAAAGAACUGUGUGUAGAUGUAACCGAAAUCUAUGCGGAUGUGAUGGAGCGGUACAAGAAAAUGAUUGGCAAUGAGGGUGCUCAAUUCUACGAGAAAAUGCUGGAUGAGGAACCGCGCAAAAUUUGGACGGCUGGAGGCACAGUGGUGGAACCGGACAAGACGCAGGUGGUGCCGGAACAGCCAACAUAUUGCGUGGUACGCUCGGCGCAAGGUGCGAUCAUCAAGAAAUGCCCCUCAUGUUGCAUCGAACAUGCGAUGAGUACACCACGAAUGCAGUACUGGACCCUCACAGAAUGCAAUGUUUUGUGUGAGGAUGAACGUUCGCUGUCGCAUAUUCCCUUUCUCGGUGAUCGCGAGGAAGAUGAUGCGGGUUUUGGUGAGGAGCUUCUGAAGACUUUCCAGGAGUUGCUAACAAGGCUAUUUGAGAAACAUUCGAACAUCGCUGAGGAAUUGGUUUAUCGAGCGGUCUACGAGCAGUUUCCAAACAAAGCCUCGGUGCAACAGCUUCCCGUCCUUUACGAGGAUUUGAAGCGGCGUUUCGACCCAUGCGAUACAGUCACCAGCAGCAAUGAUCAGCCGCUAUCGCUGGACAUGAAAUCGCUUCAGUCGUUCCGAGUUCUGAUGUGCAAACGUUGCCUCACGUAUGACUGUUUAGUCCAUGGUCUCGAUUCGAGGGAGACUGAGGAAGUGCCACGACGACGAACAAAAAAUCGGAUUGUACCGAAUCCAGAACCAUGUGGGCCGGAAUGUUUCAAACACGUCGCUGGAAAUGUUAUGGAAGAAGCUGAGCGCCGUGGUUUCUCGCCCGAUUCGAAGACCGUUGAUGCGAUGCUUAACAUUAAAACGGAUGAGGCGCAUUGGACGGCGGGCCAGGAAUCCGCGUUUUUGUUGUUUCGACGAAUAUUCAACAAUGAUUUUUGCAAAUUAGCUGAAGUUUUGAAUAUCGUCGCGACUGAUGGGCCACCAAAAACCUGCCGUGAAGUUUAUGCUUAUUCGUUUCGCAGCGCACCAAUCUCACCACGUGCUGAUCUCUCACCAAUUUCACCAAAAAAGAAAAAGAGCAUCAGAGACCAACAUCGUGUAUUCCGUUCCGUAAAAUGGGCAAAAACAGAAGGUAAAGUGCGCAAUACGCAUGUUUAUGAGCCAUGUUCGCACGCCGGACCAUGUUCUACCGAAAACAACUGCACAUGCGUGCUUGUUGAUAACUUAUGCACAAAAUUCCCUGGCUGCCGAUGUGCACCGGGAAUGUGCCGUACAAAGCAGUGCCAGUGUUUCUAUGCAAAUUGGGAAUGUGAUCCGGAUGUUUGCAAAUCAUGCAAAAGUGGUACGUUCGACUCAACAAGCUUCUUUAGAUGUCCUGACCACUUGUAG